AUGCCGUUUUACACGAUAGAUGAAUUUGAAAGUCAGAUUUUGAACAUUGAUGUCGAGUUAAAUUUGUUAAACAACUCAGAAGAUACACAAAUUGACCUGUACGACGAUGAGGCGAGGGAGGACGGAAGAGAAUAUGGAGUGUUUGUGUUUUAUCAAAACGAUAUCGACGGAAUAUGCUCCAUGUUCAUACUGGAACAUCACAAGAAGUUCAGAAGCGGGUUGAAGCUGAGAAGUUAUCCGGUAAAUAGCGAGUCGGACAUAUACACAUACAUAAAGAAGGAGCUCUCGAUGAAAUCAGCAAUUCCAACAUUGAACGCAGAUGUGUUAACGGCACGCCUUCAGGGAGACAAGUAUCUGAGAGUAGUGCUCUUGGGCAUAAACGGCUGGAGCGACCAGAUUCUGUACGCAAUUAAGCUUUAUUUUUUAAACCUGCUGCCUGAAGAGUACAAGCGGCUCUUUAAAAUGGCAGUGUUGACGACGACGAGGCCGUUAUCGUUUUUCAACACGACACACAACGACGAGUGGUACUUCUUUUUGCAAGAUGAGAGCGAUAUCAUCCGCGAAAUACAGCAGGAGGAGCUGCAGAGUAACGAAAAUGUCGUAAUCAGCGGAAUAUACAAGAUGAAUGCGACUUCGAGCCUAGUGGAAUCAGUCGUUGAUUGUGUGAACGAAUGCGAUAAGGCAAUAGUGAUAUUUGCAAAUUGUAUUGGAAUACUGAGCAAUCACGAGUUUAACAACAACUAUAACAUUAAUUUGACCACACAAAUAAUCAAUAACAGAGAUAAGAUAAACUCGUUGCAAGGUGGACCAUAUGUAAAAUAUGAUACGGAUAAGCUGUUGACUCCAUUGAUAACACUCUCGUCUUUUGAGGAGUCGCUUAAGAUUAGUCCUUAUAUUUUGAUAUAUGACCCGAACAUAAGGGACGAAACUCUAUCUGAAAUAAGAAUACACUGCAACUUAAAGUUAGACGAGUACACAUCGCAAUUUACGAACCUUCCCCCGAGUAAGCAGGCUGAAGUGUUGCAAUCGUUAAAGAAAAAGUUGGAUGUCACAAAGAAUAAGAAUCAGCUGCUCUGGAUAAGAAGGACCAUAACCAUAUCAUCUCUAGACGUAAUGUACAUUAUUUUAUCGGUUCAAAUGAGGUCGUUCUACUCAACAAACGUGAAAAACGACAACAAUGAUUUAAUCGUAACGGAUUUUUUAUACAAGAUACUGAUUGAAAGAGUAUAUGAGGAAAGUGGUUAUGACAAGGGCAUACUCAUUAAAUUGAAAAAUUAUACAAUGGAUUUCAUACAGUAUAUAUAUAAACUGGCGAUAGACGUGGGAUACAGUGAGUUGUUGGUGACCACAAUAUAUCCAACGUACUCAGUAACACUAUCGUGCCACUUAAGCUUUAUCUCAUAUCUCAUUUUAUCGAUAUACACGAAGAGAAAAUCUGAGGAUAAGACUGAUAAUAAGACCCUGCUGCUAUUCAUAAAGAACCCUGCCGGCACUGGUGGCGAUGCUGAGAAAACUAAUGGCACCGGUAGAACUAACGGCGCCGGCAGUGCUAAGGACAACGCUGCCAAGAACAGCAGUGUCGAAAACAACAACGCCUACGUAAUAUUUGGAUACAACUCUGAGACUAGUAGAAACAACGGGGACGUGUGGCCUUUGGUCUUUAAGUCAGUUGCACAUGAAAACAGGAAUUUCCUGCUCGACUGCUUAAACCCGAACAUAGUAUACACCAACCUCAACGACGUCACCUUCAUAAGGAACCAGAUAGUGAACAAUCUGAAGAUAGUGCUGAAGAUUCAGUAUCAGACACACGAGGAGUCUAACACAAUAGAUCCGAGUGAACUGUUAUGA